AAUAUUCUAUAUAUUCAGCAUGAGAGCCUUACACCAUGUUUGCUUUGCUUUUGUGCAAUUAAUUGCAACUAAUGCACAUGCCUACAGACGACGGUACGUCAAUAAUUCCAACAAUUAUUUCUUUCGGAAUACUCCAACACCCAGCAGUCAAGGCGGUAACCGCCACAGGGGCAUGUUCUUUUUGUAGAUGGCAGUUCGAACAGUUCGUUGCAUUUCCUGAUCGGAAAUCGUGAAGUCGGCGGCUGUUCGGUUCCUGUGGACAGGGCGGGCAGGCCUUGUAGCCGCUGGCUACCGAAAAGGAAUAAAAAAAGAAGGUGCCCGUUUGCGUUAAUCGGUGCUCUAGGAUCAAAGAAGUUCCACCGGCGCCUUAAGAAUGUCCGUGCAUGCCGUGCCUCGUUUGCAGUGCGCCAGUGGUGUUCGCGCUGGUACCACGCGAUGAGCGUCCCCAACGUGAGCCGUGGAACCACGAACACGACCGUGUUUACAUUGUGCAUAACCGCAUCCAGUCGCCUUCCCGCUGCCACCUGUACUGCUUCAUUACUACAACGUCGUCACCUGCUGUAGCAGCGGUGCCAAACGAGCCCGCGAACGCGUGCGUCCAACGAUGGUGAACUUUGCCAAGGCGCUCGUCACCAAGGUGUGGAAGUUUGUGCUGGGAUUUUUCGGCGUUCUACGCCGAGCGAUGUGCUGCUUCCGCAAGCGCCGCAGGGCGUCCGACGUCGGCCUGCCCGUCUACCUUACCGCUCACGGGACGGAGCCUUGCAGUGUUCAGCAGCUUAAAGAUGAUCUUCAAAGCUGGGACUCUUGGAACGAAGAAAACGGGCCUGUCUCAGUCCAAGUGGACUGUUCAGGGAAUCAGGGCACAGCAGGGGGUUCCCAAAGACAUGCUGCAGUAGGCAAUGGCCCUUCAAGUGGGCGACCGUCUGCCCCCGGCAGUCGUGGUGCUGGGGACCUGAGGCGAGACUCGCAGAGUGAUGACGAUGUGGACUUCUUCAAGGACAUGGCACCCACCAACAUCCGGCAGAAGAAGUACAUACUUCGCGGUGAAGAUGGUCUCGGGUCCAUGCCCAGUGGUGGUCUCUCUAGUCGUCUCAAGUUUGAUGCAAGGGCUGUGCUGCCGCACCAAGGUGCUGAAUUAGGCGUGCUCGAGGACGACGGCGACACUGCGCAGGCCAGCUGGGAGGACGAGGCAGAGCUGGAGGUGGACUCUGUGAUCCGCGAGAAGCGCCAAGCUGAGCGGGAGCGCCGCAUCGCGGAGCACCAGCGGAGGAAGCGCGAGAAAGAGCAGCAGCGCACCACCAGUGGCAGCAUUGCUCCCGCAGCCGGCAGCAGCAGUGCUCCGCAUUCCUCGCCGCCCAGCACCCGACGGAAGGUCUUCUAAGGGGCUGUCGACAGCCACCCUUCGUCACACACCAUGCACACCUUGGGAGACUAGAAAUGGACUCCUGCCUUUGUUGGCCUUGUGGUCAGUGGUCCCAAGCUAUAGUAAAGGCAGUGGUUGCUUCUUCAAGAAUUUGCAUUGCAGCUCCAUGUCUUCGCAAACUGGCACCCGUGCAAACCCAACACUAACUGUCCAGUGAGGUGUGCACCCAGGACCAAGUGACUGGCGACAUAUUGUUCGAGACACAAGGACCUUAAUGGGAUGAUCUUUUGCCAUUGUCAUUUGGCUUUCAAGUGCAAGGAUAGGACAUCGUGGACUGUCUGUCAGUUUGUUGACUUUGAGGAUGGCACACAACAGUUGUCCACGGCACAUUGACUGCAGCGUGUGGGGUGUGGCGCUCGUAACCAUAUUGUACAAGGGUGCAAGCAGUGACGUUGUUUCCAGCACCAGACAAUGUAUAAUUAUACUUUUCCUUCUUUAUAGUUAGCAGAUGUGUUGUUACAGGUUUAUAGUUUGGGUGUGUUUUUUAUAGUACAUAAAGCGCUAAUUUGGACUGUUGGCGCAUGCCCGGUUAAUGAGGUAAUUGGCGCUUAAAGCAGGAGGUAGAGCGGACGACAAACAAUAGGUGCAGACAGCAGCAAGUGUGUUUGUCGUCUGCUUUUCUUCCCAUUCUAAAUGCCGUUUCUUUGAGCAGCUGAGUCUCUUGUAUUCGGGUAUAAAAGCCAGCAGACCUGCGCAACGCAUUGGUACACUUUGUCCCUUCAAUGUUACAACAUCCACAAGCCGGAACAACCAGUUUGUGGGCUCCCUUGCCUGUGAUAGAAGUGCGCACGCUCGGUCGGCUUUCAGUCACGUCCGUGUGUGUCAAACAGGCCAGAAGGUUGGCCUGUUUGAGUCGAAAGCAAGAGCGAAUUGUUGAGAGCGACUUCAAAUGAUUACUGCAAGAGUAAAAAGAGUCCGCAGAUUUUCUGUGUUCUACUAUAAUAGUGCGUGUGUCUUUUAUAAUGUAUGUUGCUUGCGGCUGCAGUGCAUGUGGCUAGAUGGUUGUAAUGUGUUAAGUGCUAUGACAGGGUCACAUUGCUGCGCAUAGCUUUACAUGCCCCGUGGCACGGUGAUUGGUCCCACAUUUGGAAAUGUGUAAUGGGUUGUUGCACUUCCUACAAUCAAAACAAGAUAUGCUAGCAAAUGAAUUAUUUCUGAGCACCAUAUAUGUGUCCAUAAUUAGCCUGCAUCAUUGCAUGUGCUCCAGCCAGCUCUUGUGCAAAAGUCACAGGAGUUUCUUAGCUAGUAUCACGAAAGUACUCAGUCACACCACUGCCAGUCACAGAGUAUGCAGUGCUUUCUGUUCUGAGAGCCGCAACUGCGUAUAAGGAUUAGCGAGUUUUGCAUGAGUAAGAUAUAGUUAAACAGACUGCACCAGUGUGUGGGUAUUCUGAUUUUGCAGUCAUUUGGUGUGCUAUUGUACAGUGGUCAUAAUGUGCACUGGAUUUGCUCACGAUGGCUCAAAGGAAUGCAAGCUACGGCCCAUAGAAGGAAGGAAACAAUAGCAUUAAAUGCGAUACCUCUCCGAAAUAGCGGUUACAAGAAAGCCCUGCUCUGGCGAGAUGCGAGGGCUACCCAACAAGAAAUAUUUCAUGUCCACCUUUGUUAAAUUUUGGCCGUCUUCGAUGUAUUGCAAACUUGUUGCAUGGGUUUUAGCUUUGUGAUGCCGCAUACAGUGACUCGUGCCUGUCCAAUGGAAAAGUGGUCAAGUGUUUCUUGUGCAUUGUGUUGCAAAAGCUUUUGCAUGUUUGCAGUGCCACAGUUUAUUUUGACACAGUCGUUUGGCCGCAACACUUGGUUUGCUCAAUAUGGUUCACUGUUGAGGCCCAGAUCAUGACCGCUAUUGACUCUAAUCUGAGCAUUGCACGUAAAUUUUUUCAGCUAUUUCCUUAUGGAGUCUUCUGCCGAAGCACCACAUAAAGCCAUUGUGUAGAUAGGAAAUAUGCUAGUCAUGUUUUUGAGUCAUUACAGAAGCACCUCCUGUUACUAUAUUACCCCAUAAGUGAGUCUUGUGCAUGAUUUCAGCAGCAUCAUGUAGAGCUUGGUUUUUUGCAUCAGUGAUAGAUGAUAGUGAGUGACCAGAUUAGCAAGCUUUCUUUGUCAUCUAAGAAUGCUUAUGCUUUCCUCUUUCUUUAACUAACUUGUUUCUAAUGGUGCAUUUAGCGGGAAUAUGUGCAUGUCUUUCAGAGUCUGUAUUUUGUUCUGUUAUUUUUGUCCAACUAUUCUGAAAGUGUGGCAAAACUUUGGUGGCUGGCUUUGCUGUCGAUGUUAUGCUAUCUUAAAAGCGAGAUGUCGAGUGAAAGAAAGGCACAACCCACAUUGCUGAAUUUUCUCAAUUCUGUGUAAAUGUUUGCUGUGCCAGAACUUCUGUUUUGCAUGCACAAUUCUUGUUGGGUAUUUCCACAUUUUUUUAUGUACCAGAUGUAAAAAAACAAAGGUGAAAUUAACCCGCACAGAAAAGCUUUGCUUCAUCCAAGUGUAGUUGUUGAUUUCAAAACCUGCUUUCAUCUCAGUCAAGUUACUUUUUUGUUAAAAUAGAAUCUCUUGACGUCUCUAUGUAAAGUAGCUGCAACAACAUCUUUACACAAAGCUCUGCCUUGCUCUGGGAACAAUCCUCAGAAGCCUGGCUUUCGGCGCAAACAUGGCGUGUGGCUUGUAUUAACAAUACCGACUACUACGUCUAACAAGCUUCAAGAUAUUCCAACAUGAAGAUGACUGUUCUGUUGGAACAUGCUGGAAACUUUUUGGAUGUGUUUGUUGGUAUGACUAACUAUCCUUCUCCCAGUUUGUUAUUUCUGUUCUAAUGCUCCAGCUUGCACCCAGUGACACGUGCAGCUUUGCCCAGUGUUGGCCACUCACAUGCGACCAGCAUUGGUGCACGCACGUAGUGGCACGCCAUUUUUGCCAAUUUUGGUCGCGUAGAGCAAAGGACAAAAAAUGAGUGGCAUUAGAAGAAAAGUUCUAAGAACUUGCUGCCGCAGGACUGGUGUGGUGCAACAAUUCUUUUAAUUUGAUUCAGUUUUGUCAUCUGCCAGGCCAGCUGGCUAAACCUGUUGAUGACGUAGAGGCACCGUGCUUAGCAGAGCCACUGAGAAGGGUACGAAAACAGUAGCGUUGGAAUGGAGCAGGAAUUAAGCAGGAGGUGCACAAUAUGAUUCUGAGUGUGAUUUAACGUAUGACUAGUCAUACCAACAGCCACAUCCAACAAGUUUAUGACAGGAUUCGACAAAUUCUGACAAGGAGAUGGCUGCUCGGACUGUUGGCACCUAUCAGAAAUUUGCACGUGUUUGUUGGUACAAGUCAUUGUGUACUCGAUCGUGCAGGAAAUUGUGUCUGGCACUUUAGAAUUGUGUCUUUUUCUGGCUCUGGUAUUGCGUGCCAUGUUGGACAAGAGUGCGCACAACAUUUCAUUGCGAACACAAUUAAAUCUGCCCGCGUGUCUGCGUAUCUGCUGGCUUGAUUAAUCAGACAUUAAUGCCGCUCGUAUUACACAACGAAUGCAGUUGUGUGUAGGGCCUUGAUUUUACACGCUUUCAAUACCUUUCUUCAUGCUACCAGGCGAAAUGCAUAUUCUUGUGGGAAAGCAGGAGCGCCUACUCUCCCAGCAAGUGUUGAGAUGUUUGUGCACCAUGUUCUGGUCGAUGUACGAAGCAUGGGUGUGGUGUCACCAGGCAAUGUUUUAAAAGCCCAAACUUGCCAAUCACUUGGUAGACAAGAGCCCAAGUCUAGCUCCAGAAUCUCUGGUUCGCGGCAUGGCUGAUGCGCGCAUUUGUAAUUCAGCUUGCCCAAGGAACGGGCUCCUGUGUCUGAGAAUUUCCAGUGUGACAUCACAAGUAUGCCACAGUGGUUCUAAUGUGUUUGUGACUAUUGCAUUCAUUCAGCUCAAUUCGUCAUCAAGCAUAUGGCUGGCCCAUGCCUUUGAGUGGUGUGCUCUUUUAAAGG